GGUACGACUUGAAAUUGAUGAGCCAAAUGAAGAUUGAAGAUAUGUUCUUUAUUGCUGCCAUGGGCUUGCCUGGAGGAAGUAGACAAGAUGUGUACGCCCGAUUCCUACGUCAUUUUUCACUAUUCGGAAUCAAUUCAUUCGAUAAAGCCAGUAUGGUAAAAAUAUUUACUGAAAUCCUCACUACUGGUUACAGGGAACAAGGAUUCCCUACAGAUGUCGUACCUGUAUUGAAAGAUAUAGUCGAAUCAACAAUGAGUAUUUAUAACUGGUCCGUGGGUAACUUAUUACCGACGCCAACUAAAUGCCAUUACUUAUUUAACAUUCGUGAUUUUAAUAGAGUAGUUCAAGGGCAUCUUUUACUUCGCAAAGAUUCGCCGGCUGAACGAAAUAAUUUUAUCAGAAUGUGGUGUCAUGAAAUUUUACGGGUAUUCUAUGAUAGAUUGGUGAGUGUUGAUGACCGGGAAUUGAUAUUAGGAGCCAUAAAGAAAACCGUUAAGGAUUCGUUUAAGGAAAAUUUUGAUCUUAUAAUGGGAGAUUUAACCGAUGAUCCAGAAGCGAAAACCGAGGUUAGGGUUGAACAUUUGAACAAGCUUUUAUUCACAAGUGCAUUAGAUGUUGAAGAAGAUGAAGACAAAAAAUAUGAAGAAGUUGUUUCGCUAGAACGAUUCCUAGAAGUAAUGCAGGAUUCUUUGACCAAUUAUAAUCUUUCUCACAAAAACAAAUUAAAUGUCAUUCUAUUUCAAUAUGCAGUUGCUCAUCUAGUACACAUAUGCCGAAUAAUAUCAACUCCGGGAGACCAGGGUUUGUUAGUUGGAGUAAGUGGUUGCGGUAGACAAUCACUUGUAAAAUUGGCUACGUAUGUUUACGAAAUGCCAUUAUUUGAACCAGAAAUAAGCAAAAACUACGGUACGGACGAAUGGCAUGAAGACAUUAAGCGAUUGCUAAAAUAUGUGGGGAUUCAAAAUAAGCACCAUGCUUUUCUAUUUAGCGAUUCUCAAAUAAAGGACGAGAAAUUUUUGCAAGAUAUAGACGUCAUGUUAAAUACAGGAGAAGUACCGAAUAUUUUCGGAUUGGAUGAGAUCGUAGAAAUCAUUGAAAGUGUUCGACUUGCCGCACAAGGAGGGGACCGGCACGCAAAUUACCCCCGUUACAGGAUAUAUUCAUUCUUCCGUGAUAGGUGUAAGAGGAAUUUACAUUUGUUGUUGUGCUUUAGUCCGAUUGGUGAAGCAUUUAGACGGAGGAUAAGGAUUUAUCCAACGCUUGUGAACUGCUGUACUAUCGACUGGUUCGAGGACUGGCCUGAGGAGGCACUGGAGAGUAUUGCUAAACACUCCCUGGAAACCAUAGAUCUCAAAGACGAAUUAAAAGAAAGUGCCGUUGCAUCUUUUAAGUUCUUUCAUGUAAAAGCUAAAGAAGCUAAAGAUAAAUUUUUUAACCAAAGCAAUCGCAUCGUUUAUUACACAUGUAAGUCAUACAUAGACCUAAUCAACAGCUAUAUCGCAGUAUUUCAGAAAACGAAAGCUGACGUUGAACAGACGGUUUUGCGUUAUGUAAAUGGGCGGCAAAAGUUAAAAUUUGCCGAAGCACAAGUUAUUCAAAUGCAGAAGGAUUUAGAUGCUUUAAUGCCAGCUAUUGCAAGAAAUGCCCGAAAGGUUACAGAAAUGAUAACCCAAAUGGUUAUAGAACAGCAUGGAGUUGAGGAAACUGCAGCGCUAGUGAUGAAAGAGGAAGAGGUAGUAAGGCUACAGGCCGAAGAAGCGGAGAGGUGUAAAAAGGAAUGCGAAGCAGACCUUCAUCUAUUGCUACCUAUCGUCGAAGACGCAAUCAAGGCGUUAGAUACUGUGCGAAAAGACGAUUUGACUUUGCUCAAAUCGAUGUCAAGACCUCCAGAUGCAGUAAAGAUCGUGAUGGCCGCGGCAUGCGUAAUGCUGGGUAUAAGGCCCGAUAGAGUUCCUGAUCUCAGCCGUCCGGGACAUAUGAUGGAGGAUUUCUGGGCACCGAGUAAAAGACUUCUCGGUGACAUACAGUUCCUACAGAAAUUGAAGGAAUUCGACAAAGACCAUAUUCCCCAUGAACGAAUACAUAAAGUGCGUGUCGAAUAUUUAACUAAUAGAAACUUUGCACCGAACAUAGUUGCAAAAGCCUCACGAGCUGCACGAGGAAUCUGCAAAUGGAUUAUCGCCCUGGAUAAAUAUGAUACCAUAAUGAAAGCUGUUGCACCAAAGAAAGCAGUCUUGGCAAAAGCAGAAGCUGCGUUAAAGGAAGUACUCGAAAGACUUGAAGAAAAACAGGCGAUAUUAGACAAGCUACAGGAGAAGUUAAACGCCUUAAAAUCUGCCAAGGAAGAAGCAGAUGCUAAUCAACUUAAAUUAACCCAGGAACUGGAAAUCUGCUCGAUUAAAUUAGAAAAGGCAACGUUUAUCAUAAAUAGCCUUGGAGGGGAGCAGAUUCGCUGGAAGCAAUUAGAAGAAGAGAACCAGGAAAAGUUGGAUAAACUGCCUGGUAAUGUUCUGUUAAGUUGUGGUGUGAUAACAUAUCUAGGUCCAUUAUCCAGCGAUCUAAGAGAACAUUUGGUUACUGAUUGGAAAACGAAGCUACAUGAGAUGGAAAUGCCGUUUUCAAAUGAUUUCCAAUUCAGUCAAGUUCUUAGUUCAGAGCUUGCCAUAAUGAAAUGGGUGAUGAACGGGCUACCAAACGACCCGUUUUCUGUUGAUAAUGCAGUAAUACUAAACUCCACACUCAAGUACUGUUUGUUGAUUGAUCCCCAAUCGCAGGCAAACAGGUGGAUUAAGAAAACUUAUGCGGACAAUCUCAUUGUAAUACGGUUAUCUCGAAAUUACAUGCCGUUGGUUGAACGCGCAUUGCAGGAAGGAAAGACCUUGCUACUGGAAGAUGUUGGGGAGUCUAUAGAUGGUGCAUUAGAUCCGCUCAUUAAAAAACAAUUUUUCAAUGAAGGGAAAAUUAGAUUCAUUGCACUCGGGGACAACGUAGUAUUAGUGCAUAAACGAUUCCGGUUCUAUGUAACGACUAAGCUAAUGAAUCCGCAUUUCAUGCCAGAAAUUUUUAACCAGUUGUCAGUAAUCAAUUUCACACUGACGAUUGAAGGAUUGACGGAUCAAAUGCUCAGCACCAUCAUAGCAAUGAAGCAUCCUGAGCUAGAUGCUAAACGUAAAAGUUUAAUCACGGAAGGAGCUCAAAACAAGGCAUUAUUAGAGAAUUGUGAGAUAGAUAUCUUGACGUGUCUACAAAGAAAAGAUUUACUAACUCAUCCCGAUACAAUCAUUAUAUUGGAACGUUCUAAGAACACAGCUGAAGAGAUCGCGUUGAAGGAACGAGAAUCGGCCUUAGCAAGAAAUGAUAUAGAUCAUCUAAAAGGUCUUUACCGACCCGUAGCCCACAGGAGUUCUUUCCUCUAUUACACUAUUGUAGACUUACCUCAGGUGGAUCCUAUGUAUCAGUUUUCAUUAGAGUGGUUCAUGACAAUAUACCAAAACGUUAUAAAAAAACUGAUUUCGGGAGUCUAUCCCCAAGUUGAAUUGUUCCUUACAGAUUUAGAGAAGACGUUUAAGUUAACCCUUUUCCGUAGUGUAGUUACAUCGUUAUUUAACAAGGAUAGAAUAAUGUACUCUUUUAUGUUUACAAUUUCAACUAUGCAGGCCCUGGGUGAAUUACAAACAGAAGAGCUUAACUUCUUACUGACUGGAGGAAUAUCCUUAGCUAAUCCUUUGCCUAACAUAGCCGAACAUUGGUUACCGAAAUCAUCGUGGGACGAAAUAUGUAGAGUAGACACAUUAGAUGCUUUCCGAGAAUUUCUAGAUCACUUUAAAAAGAAUUUAGAACAAUGGCAUAAUUUCUAUGAGCUAGGAGCUCCAGCUUUUAACGACAUUCCGUACCCUUGGAACAUUCAGUUGACCUUAUUUCAGAAGUUAAUCGUAUUCCGCAUCUUCCGUCCCGACCGGCUUAUACCAAUGAUAGAAACCUUCAUCGAAAAACAAGCUGGUUCGGACUUCAUAGAAGCCCCGCCAGUAAACUUGAAUGAAACGAUAAAAAACUGUGCUCCGUAUACGCCAAUCAUUUUUGUCCUUUCACCUGGAGCAGAUCCGUUAAAAUCGCUAUUAGAAUUGGCCAAAGCCAAUAAUUCGAAGUUCAUGACAAUAUCACUUGGACAAGGACAGGGCCCUGUCGCUGAACAGAUGAUAAGAGACAAUUAUUCACCUUACAAUUGGAUCUGCUUGCAAAACUGCCACUUGUUAACGUCAUGGAUGCCUAGGCUUGAAAUGAUUUGUGAAGAACUGCCAGGUUUAAGACACGAAGCCGAACUAUUAAAUUUUCGCCUCUUCCUGACAAGCUAUCCGUCAGAUAAGUUCCCAGUCACAAUCCUCCAAAAUGGGAUAAAAAUUAUUAAUGAAUCUCCCUCUGGACUAAAAAACAGUCUCCUGAAGUGUUACUCUUCACCGCCUGUUUCAUCGUUAGACUUUUAUUAUUCCUGCGAAAAGAAGGAUUUAAUAUUCUGCAGACUAUUGCUUGGUAUUUCCUUUUUUCACGCCGUUGUACUAGAGCGUCGAACAUUCGGCCCAAUUGGAUGGAAUAUACCAUACGGUUUCAACGACUCCGAUUAUCUUAUAUCGAUUAACCAGUUGCAAAUUUUUAUCAACAAAUACAGCAAAAUACCAUACAAGGCAGUGUUAUAUUUGACUGGAGAGUGCAAUUACGGCGGAAGAGUAACUGAUAAUUGGGAUAGGCGAACACUCAACACACUACUAGAGGACUACGUUAGCCAUGACAUGAUUUACGGCGAAGAAUUUACCCUCUGCGACGGAGACAUAAGAUUUAAACCUCCAGCGUCUUACUACUUCAGGGAUGUCUAUAACUUCAUAGCAAGUCUGCCCGAUGAAAUGCCAACUCAAGUAUAUGGUUUGCACCCUAAUGCUGGUAUUACCCGUGAUAUCAUGAACAUGGGAAAACUCCAGAAUUCUCUCAUUAAAGUUCUCCGUACAGGUUCCACAGGUAGCGGUGGAGCGGACGACAUGGUUAGUACGAUUGCUCGCGAGAUAUUGGAAAGGUUACCUGAACGAUUUGAUGUUGCGAGCGCUAUGGAAGCUUAUCCCACGGUAUAUUCCGAAUCGAUGAACACAGUAUUGGUACAAGAGAUGGACAAGUUUAAUAAGCUACUGGAUUGCCUUAAUAAGACACUAAACGGUCUAUUAAAAGCAGUAAAGGGCGAAAUUGUAAUGACUGCUGAUUUAGAAGCUGUAGCUAGCGCUUUAUUGACUUCGAGAAUUCCAGCUCAGUGGGCUAAAGUAUCAUACCCCAGUUUGAAACCCCUAGGGUCAUAUAUUGUAGACUUUAUAAAACGUUUGAACUUCCUGGAGACCUGGUUCCGAGAAGGAAAGCCUGAAAGCUUCUGGUUAUCGGGAUUCUUCUUUACUCAAGCAUUUUUGACUGGCGCUAUGCAAAACUUUGCCCGCAAAUAUAAAAUUCCCAUCGAUAAGAUAACCUUUGAUUUUUCCAUAUUAAAAGACGUCGAGUACCAGGGUCCUCCACCUGAUGAUGGCGUCAUAGUGUAUGGUAUUUACGUAGUAGGGGCGAGAUGGGAUAAGGAACGUCAUUGCUUGUCGGAGCCUCAUUUCAAAAUGUUAUCGGACGAACUGCCAAGAAUUUGGAUUAUGCCCAUAGUACGAGAGAAGUUAGACGAGGCGAAUAGGUAUGUUUGUCCGCUGUACAAGACAAGUGAAAGAAAAGGAACUCUCUCGACAACUGGCCAUUCAACAAACUACGUUCUCCCUAUACUUCUAGAGACCGAAGAGGAACCAAAACACUGGAUCAAGCGUGGGGUAGCUUCACUGUGCCAAUUAGAUGAUUGAUUAGUUAUAUAGUAAAGUAUUUCGAAAAUAAAAAAAAUAAAGAUGAUUUCUGUUUAAAAUAA